CAUUCUCUUAUCUAGUUUAGUCGCUUAUUGCUCCUCUCUCAGUGACCACCAGUUUCAUCCAAUUUAUAUACAGAACUACAGUGUGUUGUGCUCUAUAAAGAAAAUUAUUAAUUAUAUAGUUUAUAAUAUAUUCUAAUUUCUUGAUUUAAGUUUUAUCCAGACAAUUUUAGUACAAAAAUGUAUGAAAAAAUUAAUUUGGACCAGUUGCACAACUCGGGAGUAAGAGUUGUGGAUUUGAGAAGUGAUACUGUAAGUAAACCGACCCCUGAAAUGAGAGAGGCAAUGUAUCGAGCCCCGGUGGGAGACGAUGUGUAUGGUGAGGACCCCACAGUUGCCGAAUUGGAGAGAAGAGCCGCAGAAAUUUUGGAAAAAGAAGAGGCUAUUUUCGUGGCAAGUGGAACUAUGGCUAAUUUAAUUGCUAUUAUGGUCCACUGUAACCAAAGAGGAAGCGAAAUUAUAUCUGGAGACCAUGGACAUACCUUUAAAUUUGAACAAGGUGGUACGGCUCAGAUAGCAGGAGUGCACACAGCGGUUAUAAAAAACAACGAGGACGGUACGUUUAGUAUCGAAGAUCUGCGCAAAAAAAUAAGAAAGAAUCCGGACUUUCACGAGCCGAUUUCCUCUCUAAUUAUCGUCGAAAAUACUCAUAAUUUAUGCGGUGGAAAAGUCCUUCCUUUAGAAUGGCUGGAAAAAGUACAUAAUUUAGCAGAAGAACACCAUCUACCUGUCCACAUGGACGGUGCAAGAAUGAUGAACGCAGCUGUUUACCUUAAAGUACCGCCCAGUCGUAUAGUCAAAGACGUCGACUCGGUUUGCUUUUGUCUUAGCAAGGGACUCGGUUGUCCCGUUGGAGCUAUUUUGGCGGGCACUUCUACGUUUAUCGAUAAAGCCCGACGUGUUCGUAAAGCUUUAGGAGGUGGAUGGAGGCAAGCUGGAAUCAUUGCUGCAGCAGGUUUAGUUGCACUUGACACCAUGAUCGAGAGGCUACAAGAGGAUCAUGACCAUGCCUAUCAAAUUGCAAAAGCAAUCUACGCUAUGCACUCCACCAACUUUAAAGUGGACCUACAAACCGUCCAAACCAACAUAGUCCUGAUGUACUUCGACAAAACGAAAAUCACGGUACAAGAUUUACAGCGCAGGCUACAAACAGUGCUAAAGACCGAUAGGGUUAAGUGUAGUGUCCGUUCGAUGUCGUUAAAUCACGACUGUGUCAGAUUUACUUUAUAUUGGGGGAUAAGUGACGAAGACGUCACUGUGGCUUGUGAAAAGAUCCAGCUGGUAAUUAGAGAAUACGACGAACUGUUGAAGGGGUAUUAAUAUGUGGGCGUUUAGACAUUUUUAUAUAGUUUGAAAAAGCCCUUCGGUGGCUUGUAAUAAAGGAUUAAAGUGAUGUAAGUCCUCAAAGUGAUUACUUAUGACAUUUCGUGGCCACAUAUAUGUUCCAAAAUAUUUGUUUCUCGCGAAAUGACGCAAAUUAUUUGAUGUUUCGAAAUAAGAAAUACUCAAAAAUAUUUAUUACUUAUGACGCGUUUAAAAUGUUGACCUGUGAUAUCCUUGUCUCUGUGUUUACAGGUUUUAAUGAAAAGUGUUCUUUUUUUAUGUAGCUUAUAUUCGAUGAUGAUAAUAAAGCACUAUUAUUAUG